AUGCCAGCUAAGCUUGCUGGAAGACAAACUGCGAGUGCAGUACCUCACGAACAGACGGAGCUUCCCGCGCGAACCAUCGCGAUUGAUCUCACUCGUCUGUUGCCCGACGGGAUUAGUGGUGGGGUGAGAGUCGUCAGCGUGGAACUGGUCCAGCAACUUGCCGAACUGGCACUGCACUGGAAUUUUUUGGUGCUCACGUCGAGUUUCUCGCAUCGGGAACUGGCCCUGGUCGAUCGGGCGAACGUGCGACGGGUUUGUCUCGAUCCUUUGAAUGACCAGCAGGCUGAAGCCGCUCGCCAGCAAACGUCUCUGCUGGGGUAUGUGCGGGGACUGCUUCGUCAUCGCAUGUUGGCGCCGCUGCGUUCGCUGGCCUGGAAGUAUCUGUGGCGCCCGCGACGAUUGGAGUUGCUCGAACGGGAGCAGGUCGAUGCGUUGCUGCUGCCGCUCACCGCGCCGGCGUACUAUGCUCCCGGGGUUCCAACGGUGGCGGUGGUAUACGACUUACAACAUAUGGAUCAUCCGGAGUUCUUCCGGCGUGAUGAUCGAGUCGCGCGAAGUGUGCACUUGCAAACUCUGCUGAAGUUGGAUGCCAGGCUGAUCUGUAUUUCGAGCCAUACCCGCGAGGCCAUUCAGCGGCGGUUGAACGUUGCGCCCGAGCAAACCACAUUGAUCCCUUUCGGGCUGCGAGCGGAGUUCCCGAUCUACGAGCGACCAUCGGCCGCGUCCACGCUCAAGCGUUAUGGACUUGCCGAGCGGGGCUUCUGGUUCUAUCCGGCGAAUUCCUGGCCGCAUAAGAAUCAUCUGCGUCUGCUUGAGGGCUUUGCCGAGUAUCGACGUCGCGGAGGCGAUCCCGCGGUGAAGCUGGUCUGCAGUGGAGCCGACACUGGGGGUCACGAGCAAUUGCAGCGGGCCAUCAGCGAGCUGGGGCUCGAAGACGCUGUGCAGUUGAGUGGGUAUGUGUCGGAGGAUGCUCUGCUCGAUCUGAUGGCUUCGUGCCGAGCGUUGGUGUUUCCUUCGUUGUACGAGGGUUUUGGAAUGCCGGUUCUCGAGGCGAUGGCCUGUGGGGUGCCGGUGGCGUGCAGUAAUGUGACGAGCCUUCCGGAAGUGGUGGGCGAAGCGGCGCUGUUGUUCGACCCCAAGUGUGCGGAAUCGAUCGCUGGAGCGCUGUUGGCUUUGGAUGAUCCUGAGAGGGCGGCACAAUUGGCCACGGCAGGUCGAGCCAGGGCGGCCAGAUUCGAUACGGUGGCCACGAUGGGUGAGAGUUACUUGCGAGUGCUGGAAGAGGUUCCGCCUGCAACGGUUCUUCGGGUUCUCUCGCAGAGCGGCUCGCCUGCCCCCCCGGGUGACCGCAACAGCCUGCGGCUUCUCCUUCGGCGUGUGGACUAUUCGCAUCGCCUUGGUGUCGCUUUACCUGUUCUGUGCGAACCAAUCAAUUCGGCCCGCAAAGCCCUGCAAAACCUUGCACUCGCUGCCAACUCCCAGGUGAGUGUCGCCACCGUGUCUGGUCGCAAAGGUUGGUUUUCUCGUCGUCGCUCGCAGUUUACUCGCCUAGAUUCCAACGAUUCUUCUCGCACGACACGCACCGCCUCUUUCAGCAUGGAAAGCCUGGAGCCGCGGGCGAUGCUUGCCGCUUACGUCGACGGCUUUGAGCAGGCCGUCGUGGCCAGUGGUCUGUCGGUGCCGACCGACAUGGCGUUCUCUCCUGAUGGCCGCAUCUUCGUCGCUGAGAAGGCUGGCCGUGUUCGGGUAAUUGAGAAUGGCGUUUUACUUUCCCAACCAUUCUUAGAAGUGCCAGCGGAUCCGCAGGGUCAUCACGGUCUGCUGUCGUUAGCCUUCGACCCCGACUUCCAGAACAACGGAUAUCUGUACAUCUUCUACACCGUGGCCGAAGGUGACCCGGCCGUACGACUGAGCCGCUUCAAGGUUAGCAAUACCGAUCCGAACGUUGCUGACCCCAACAGCGAACUUCCGAUGAUCGAAGACAUCGUGAUGCCGAUCGACAUUCACGACGGCGGCGGCAUGAAGUUCGGCACCGAUGGCAUGCUGUAUCUGGGCAUCGGCGAUGGGGGUAUUCCCGACGCGGCCCAAGGCAUGUCCACCCUGCAGGGCAAGCUGUUGCGGCUCGAUGUUUCGAACUACCCCAACGUUGUGCCGGCGGACAAUCCUUUCGUGGGAGUACCUGGCGUUCGUCCCGAGAUUUAUGCCUCGGGUCUGCGGAAUCCGUUCAAGCUGGACGUCGAUCCGGUGAACGACCGGAUGUGGUUGACCAACACGGGCGAUGAUCAGUUCGAGGAAAUAAACGAAGUUCGACCGGGUGCAAACUAUGGAUGGCCCAUCUACGAAGGCCCCACGGAUGUUCCGGGCUUUACGACACCGAUCUAUUCUUAUGCCCACGAUCAAAUCGGUGGUUCGAUCACCGCGGGCACGUUCUACUACGGCAAUGCUCUGCCGGAAGAGUACAACGGCGACUUCUUCUUUGCCGACUUCUCCCACCAGUCGAUCCGACGGCUUGAUCUGACCGAAAGCAACGACCACUACCACGACGGAGUCCAUCACGAGCUGACCUCGACCGACUUCGCCACGGGACUGUUCGGCCCGGUCGAUAUCGAAGUCGACCAAAACGGUGAACUGUAUUAUCUCGAUGUGUGGACCGGCACGGUUUAUCACAUCGACUACGUGGGCGAGGGGAAUCGUAAUCCAACCGCGGUCGGGACGGCCGACGUGGGCUUCGGCGAUUCGCCCCUUACGGUGAACUUCGAUGGUUCGCAAAGCAGCGACCCCGAUAACGACGACCUGUUCUACUCGUGGGACUUUGGCGAUGGUUACCCACCCGUGCCAGGUGUCAAUGUUUCGCACACUUACCAAAAUCCGGGCAUCUAUCAGGCCGUAUUGACAGUUCAUGACGGCAAUGGGGGUAGCGGCAUAUCUGAGCCAAUUACGAUUGCCGUGGACGAACAUCCGCCCACCGGUCAGAUCGAUCUCUUCCCAGAACACACCUUGUAUCAGGGCGGCGACUCGAUCGCGUUCUCGGGCACCGGGUUCGAUGUUGAGGACGGUACGCUUGACGCCUCGGCCUUUAGCUGGAAUAUCACCUUCCACCAUCACACUCAUACACACCCCGUGUUUGGACUGGAAGGGGUUACCUCUGGCUCGUUCGAAGUGCCGGUGACCGGAGAAACAUCGCCUGACGUUUGGUACCGUAUCACGCUGACGGUCACCGAUUCGGCAGGGUUGGAUCAUACGUCGUACGUUGAUGUCUUCCCGCACCUCACCGAGGUCACGCUGUCCACGAAUGUUGGUCUCGCGAACCUGGUGCUAGAUGACGCAACCGUAGGAAGCCCUUUCAUGUUCGAUGGGGUUGCCGGCGUGAUGCGACCCAUCGAAGCGCCACUGCUGCAACAGAAGGACGGGAUGACCUACCUGUUUAAGUCUUGGUCGGAUGGAGGGGCAUUGGCGCACACUAUCGUUACCCCGAUUACGCCGACCACGUUGACAGCGAACUACGAAGUGGUUGCGCCCGAGAGAGUCGAAGCCACCUACUUUGUGGCGGGUCUUUACGAAAAACUGCUGGGGCGGGUAGCCGAUUUGCCCGGGCUGCAGGCCAAUGUCGACCUGUUGGUGGCAGGCGAAUCCCCGACCAACCUGAUCGCGUCGUUAUGGGCUUCGCCCGAACAUCGAAAGAUGCAGGUGAUCGAGUUCUACAACGAAUUUCUCGAUCGUAUCCCGGCCCAAGAUGAAAUUGACUAUUGGGUUGGUCAACUGAACUCCGGCGUAUCGGAAACCGCUUUCGCUCGGACGAUUCUCAGCUCAAGCGAAUUCGUAUCGCUAGAUAACAAUGUCCCCACAAUCUACAUCAACAAGCUGUACUCACUCGUCCUCAAACGCCAGGGUUCGACCCAGGAAGUUCAGGCCUGGGUUAACCUGCUCAACAAUGGUGUGUCACAUGCUGACAUUGCGAAUGUCUUUCUGACCACGGGCGAGCGUUACAAUGUGAUGCUGGCUCGCUACUACACGAAUUUCCUGGAACGCCCGAUGCUGCCCUCCGAGGCUUUGGGCGAUGUGUAUGCCAGCAGUGCGACCGCUCUGCAACAGAUUGGAACUUCGGUUCUGGCCUCUUCAGAGUUCCUCACUCGCCAGACGGCCCGACCGACCGUGGUGGCGCUAUACGACAACGUUUUGCACCGCACGGCGACCGACGGUGAAGUUGACUACUGGACCAACCAGUUGCUCAAUGGGUUGUCGCGCGAGGUGGUGGUAACCGCUUUCCAUCAAUCGGUCGAAGGCCUGGGUCACCUGGUCACGGAGGCUUACGGUUCGAUUCUGGAACGAUUGCCGGCCGACGUGGAACGUGACUACUGGGUGGCUCAAAUCGGAUUGGGCACCACCGAACUCGGGGUCUCGCAAACCUUCUUUUUGUCUGCAGAGUACCAAGCCCUGUACUCAAGCGACGAAGCGUUCAUUAGUAGUUUGUACACCAAGAUUUUGAACCGGGAUGCAGAUUCGGCUGGACUGCAGGCCUGGGUUGCAGCUCUGGAGUCGGGUGUUACGCGACAGACGGCCGUGGCCACCUUCCUGGCAACGGCAGAAUAUCGGGCCCAGGUUAUCACCGAUAUCUACACCGAGUUCCUGGGGCGGAGUCCUGUGGCUGUGGAGACGGCUUACUGGAGUGCAAAUCUUCCGACCAAUGGGACCAUGGCGGCCACGCUAAGAACGGCGGUGUUGGCGUCGGACGAAUACUUCCGCACGGCCACCGUCCACACGGUGGUUGCUCACGAUCUGUCGAACGAGACCUAUGUAGCGGCCCUGUACAAUGACAUCCUCCAGCGGCCGGCCACUCCAGAAGAAGUUGCCGGUUACUCAGCGUUGUUAGGCACUGGGGUGUCGCGCUUCAACGUGACCAGCCAGAUCUGGAAUUCGCCUGAGCGUGCGAGCCUGGUGGCUAAUGAUCUCUACAGCACCUUACUGGGACGUGCCCCGACCGCUCAAGAAGAGGCCGACGUUGCCGCCGCACUGCUGAGCACCGGCGGGAAAAUCGAAUCCACAUUCGGAAUCUUGACCUCCGGUGAAUACAACUCACUGUACGCGUCAGACGAGGCGUUUGUCGGUGCGUUGUAUACCGACGUACUGAAUCGAGCCAUUCUUCCAGAAGAAACCCAGUUCUGGACAACAGUUCUUAGUCAUGGCAACACCCGUGCUGCUGUAACUGCUGUCAUCCAGCAUUCGGAUGAAGCCUUAGGCAACUUGAUUGACGGGGCCUACAACGAUUACCUGGAUCACGACGCUGAAGCGGGCGUUGCGCAAGUCUGGCUCGAUCAAUUGUCUUCCGGGGCUCAAACCGAGCGUGAUCUGGCGCUGUCACUACUUACCUCGGAAGAGUAUUACCAACUACAGAGCCCCUAG